AUGCUCUCUUCGAUGAACAGCUUCCUUGUAUAGCAUGAAUUUAAGAGCUGAGAUGAGCAGAGAUGGCAAAAGUACUAGUAUUGGUGGCGAGUUUCUUAAUGUAGCAAAGAAGUGGCUUUUAGCAAAAUCCGAGGAUCAGCAGAAUCUAAACAGAGAAGAGAAAAGUUCUAAUGAAAGCAUCGAACAGCAUGAACUGUCUGAGGUAAAAAAUCCAAAGAGCAGAGAAAGAAGGAUAUUUGACGAAGACCAAAGUUCUGGAAUGAAGCAUACGAAUUCGCUAAACUUUCUGGAAAGCAUAAACAAAUUUGAGGCAAACUUUCCGUUCCCUGUUGCACAUUUAAUGAGGAGAGGCUCUAGGCAGGGUAAAUCUAAACCUGUCUCAGUAACAAUCACGCCAUUACAAAGUGAACUAUGUUGGCAAACAGAUAAAAAAUUUCAAAUUUCAAAAGACAGCAUCGUUCCGGCGAUCAACACAGACGAAAAACUGCAGUAUGCUACGAUAGCACAAGACGAGAAUGCAUGCUGCUGUCCGACGUGUGGACAACGCUGGCAACGGGAUACACCUGAAACUGUAAUUCGCACCGAGUCAGACCAAUCCAAGUGGGAGCAGUCAUUUAAAGGCGUUGAAAACGAUUUCAGAUCAUCUACAUUAAUUCCCUUAAAGAAACAUCAACAAUCCAAAAUUCUACGAUCAAACUCCUUUGGGCAGAAGAGAAAAACGCACAUUCAGAUACAGAAUACGACUAGAUCGUGUAGGAUGAUCAAGGCAGCGUCCAUGAUGGAUGACCAGAUACGUAGUACAACUAAGCAAUCAAAGCAAAAAGUUAGAACAACUGGUUCGAAAGAAACAAAAAGCACUCUGUCCUUGACCCGUUGUUUGUCUCUUAAUCUUGACACAUUCAGGAUCGUGAAGAGUGACUCAUUGAAAACAGCCAAAAGCGAGAAUGCCCAAAGCAUGACAUCUCUAAAAACACAAAAACGCUGCAUCAAAGCCGAAACUAGUUUUGAAAACAACCUUGAUGGAAUCGAAACAGCCUCUUGUACAGGAAUAGAUGACGAUAUUAUUAAAUACUCACCGAAAAUUACUAGAGAAACUAAGUUUGUAAACGGUUGCCCUGUGGACGAGUUUAAGACAAUAUUUGAUUCAGAAAGUUUCAGAGUCCCAAGUGUGUACGGGCAACUUAAGAUCAUGUUUCAGUUCUUUAACGAUACCAGUGAGUUUCAGGUUACUAUCUUGGAAGGUUCAAACGUCGCUGUAGGACAGACUGGUAACCUUGGCGUAUAUAUUAAAGUCUGUCUCAUGCCGGGGAAAGUACAGAGGAAAAUAGGAAGUGAUAAGCAUAACACACGCAAUCCAGUCUUUUACGAAUCGUUUACUUUCAAGAUGAGUCUUGCUCAGCUUCUGGAACGGCAGUUGAGGAUCAAACUUUUCAACAAGCCUGGCAUCUUCUCUAUUCCUGAACCUAUUGGUCUGUGUAAUGUUCCUCUGUACAACUAUGACCUCACGGCAGUCAAUGUCAUAUGGCAAAAUCUGAACAGAUGCAAAGGACAGAAAGACGACAUGGAUGAGUUCGAUUUCAGUAUUUUGGAACGUGAAAGAGUUCAGCACAGGAGAUUCAAAGAUAUUCUUUGUGGUCUAGGUGGCAGGUGACGCUUUACCUGUGAUAUGAACACAUGUCAAUGGGAGUGAGGGCAUUUUCUAAAUGUCCAUAGUUUUCUAAAAACAAAUCCUACAGGUGAUACAGUUAAUAUUGUCCAGCUCAAGGUUUAAUGUAUAUGUCAGAUGGAGUUCUUUUGGGUUGCACAUUGUUCAAUAGAGAUGCAGAUACAGAAAAUACUAGAUUUAAUUGACAUUCUUACUAAAGACCACUACAAUUAUGAUCAUGAUAAACAGAAGUAAUAAAGUGAAACACAAAUUAG